AUGGCGCUUCCGCCACCGCUGCGGCCGCCUCGCGGUUCCCGGGGCUCCCGGGGUGGCGGUGUCCCUGUCCACCUGUCUGCACCUGAUGUCUGGAGGCCUUUGGAAGGCGCGCUGCGCAACGACUCCAGCGUGGAGCUGAGCCAGUACCGGGACCCGCCCUUCCGGGGUGACCAUGAAGAACAGGAAAAAUUACUGAAGAAGAGCUGCACGUUGUAUGCUGGAAACCUUUCCUUUUGCACCACGGAAGGGCACACCUAUGAACUCUUCAGCAAAAGUGGCGGCAUAAAGAAAAUCAUGAUGGGCCCGGAUCACCAGAUGACAGAGAAGUUGGCGGUGGAGGCCUUGGGAGGCGGGAGAGACAGAGCCACCGCCAUGGGAGGUGACAAGGGCAAGGUUACUGUUCCCAGUUGUGUCACUCCGAUGCUUGGUGGCCAUCUCGGGGAGCCAGCCAGCUCAGUGGGCCCCUCACACCGUGCCAGUCAGCUUCUCCUACUCUAAGAAGAGGAUGCAGGAAGUGAUCCUAGUAUGGCUGAAUCACUAAGUGAAGUUUCUGGAAGUCUGGAAGUUCUGGACACCAGUGAUGAGGGAAAGAAGAAAUCCAAAUUCAAAGCCUUCAAGAACUUUUUUGGCAAGAGGAAGAAAAAAGAGCUGGAAGAUGCCCAGAGAGCGAGGAGGCUAAAGCCAAGCUUGUCCAGCGACAGUAUUAACAUCCCUUCUCUGAAGCCAGUUCGGGAAGGUCAGCAUACUGAGGCCAGGGCCAAGAGCAGCAUGGGCAGCAAAGCCCUCUCCCAUGACAGCAUCUUCAUGUUGGAUCCUGAGCCUGAAAUAUCAGCAAGUAGAAUCUUCCCCUCUCCAGAGCCCCAGAGAGGCAGACCUCUACAGAGAUCUCAAGUUUCCAGAACUCUGCCUAGAUCUGGGACUAGUAAUGUGCAUGGAGCUGUUUCUGGACUUAUGUUUGGAGCUGUGCCCCAACAUGUGCCCAGAAGUGGAAUGUGGACUGGGGACUCCAAGAUCACUGAGCUCCCCUCGCUGCGCCCACGCCACUCCAGCAGCAGCCCCUCUCUUCUCCAGUCUGACACAAUCUCUGCUGACCUUGAAGAAAUCUCUGUGGACGAGGAGUCCCCACAGAAGAAAACUUUACCACUCAAGGUCGUGACACUGAAGAAGAGCUCCUUUGAGCCCUCACCUGGACCCAUCCGCUCACAGUCCUUGACCACUUUUGCCAUGAUUGCCUUUCCCGGCAGCACUCACCUGCCCAUGAGUUUCAACACCCCAGCCACCACCAAGGACUGUUUGGAUUCCUCAGCUGCUCGGCACAAGAUGGCUUUAAACCCCCGGAAACACAAGAAGAAAAAAGCCCCUCAAAUCACUGAGAAAGCAAAGCAAGAGGAGCCCACCCUUCUAGUGGUUUCUGGAGAAGAGAAGAGUACAACCAAACCAAAAGAAGCUGACAAAAAGAAGCUGAAAAAAGACAGUGCAGGUGUCUCAAGCCUGAAGCAGAGCAAGAGAACUGAAAUUUCUGAUAAGACAGCAGACCAGGCUGCCGGAGCGGACGCUGCGGGGAGUCAGAGCUCCCCAUUGUCAGCGGCGCGCGGAAGACAUCUCCCCAAAAAAGGAUCAAGUGCUUCGGGAUUGAGUGAGUGUGCGCCCACAGGAAGAAGCCUUAAGCAGUCCAUCCGAGGGCUUGGCCUAGCUGAGAGGGCUGGGUCCCCGCCUGCCGAGAAGCCUGCCACAGAGUGUCUUCUCUGGAACCUGUCUCUGGAGCGCCGAGUCAGGGAGCCGCCCACCACUCCGCAGGCAGAACGCGCUGCCCCUCAGGAGCUGCUUCCAGACCAAGAUGGCAAGGGAAAGAGAAAGGCUGGGGCAGAUGUGGACGCCGGAAAAGGCCCGGCGUCCCAGGCUGUACCCGAAGACACGGCACAGUCCGUGGUCGGUGGCCCGUCGCCGUGCCAUGAAGAUGGGGCCUCCGGAGGCCAGCGGCCAGAAGCCAGAGCUGCUCGUUCAUCCGCGGCGGAAGGCCCUUCUCCAACCCCGGACGAUGUCCUCUUCUCAGGGGCCAUGGGGGCUCAAGUGUUCACGGGUCCUUCUCAGAUGCAGUCUGAAGGGGAAGACGCUUUCAGCUUUGAUGUGCAAGCGAGCAACUUGAAAAUGGCGUCAGUGCAAGAUACCCCCGCUGUCUGCAGAGAGAAGUCUCCCGGAAACGUCCUCCCGGCCUUCGCCGCGAGCCUUUCAGGUCCGGCAAGUGCUUUGGCCGAGGGAGGCAGGUGUGCGGAGAGGCUGCCUUCCAGAAGCCUCGCCUGGGCGGCUGAAGAAGCGUCCUCGGAGCCAGAGGGUGCUUCCGAGGAGGAGAGCGGUUCGGGGCAGCAGCUGCUUCCCAGGCCUUCUUUGCAGUCCCCGGGGAAGCCUGCCGAUGAGCGACAAGUCUCCACCGAGUCGCAAAGCUCGGCCGCGCGAGCCAGCGGCCCUGAGCUGCAGCUGGCUGCGGGCUACUCUCCGCCGGCCUUCCGGAAGCCGGCGGCGGGAGCAGCGUCCUCGGAUCCCCCGAGGGCGUCGGCGGCGGAGAGCGGGGCGCAGCGGCUGCUGGCUCCCACACACCCCUCCCAGGCCUUGGGGAAGCCUGACGGUGACCAAGAGGCCCCAGGCUCAAAAAGUUCUGGGGGCUCGGGCAGUUCUGACGAGCGGCUGACGCCCACCUGUGCCGCGCAGGCCUUGCAGGGGCCCGAGGACAAAGGCCGCACAGACCCCCACGUGGAGGGGCACGUGGAGAAGCAGCACAACAGUGCGGGCGCCUGGAGCAGCUCCGAGCAGGACGUGCCUCCCAGGCCCCCUUCCCAGGCCUCGGGGCAGCCUGCAGACCAACAGCACGGCGCCUCGGCUGCGAAGCACCUCCCCGAGGAGUGGGGGGUGUCCGUGGGGCGGCUCGCUCUGGCCUUUUCGAGGCCGAUUCUUCAGCAGCAAGCGUCCUCGGGGUCGGCGAGGCCCCCGGGCCCUCCCCGGGGCAGCCCCGCGGAGCCGGCGCCCGCCUGGCAGCCCGUCCAGUCCUGGCGGAGCCCUCAGGCCGAGCAGCAGGGCCCCGCCGUGCGGUGGGCCAUUGCUCUGGAGCCGCCGCCGCCGCCCAGAAUCUCGUCUAAGCGCCUGCUGAGGCCUCGGCCUGAGCAAGCCGUCUGCAAAGGCCCAGAAAUGGCUGCCGCCGUCGGGGUGACUUCCGUGGACCUGCUGCUGCUGCUGCCGCCGCUGCCGCCGCCGCCCCCGAGACCGCAUUCUCGGCCGCCGCUGGACCCCAUCGCCGAGCAGGCGACCCAGGAGGACCCCGAGUCCCCGGCUGUGGAGGGGAGCAUCUCGGUGGAGCUGCCGCCGCCCCGCCAGGCGGUCGUGAGACCCGUCAUUGAGCAGCAAGGGUGCCUGGGUGCCGAAGGCGCUGUGGUCGAAAAGAACGUCCCUGGGCAGCCGCCGCCGCUGCCCGGAUAUCAUGCUCAGCUCCCGACGCGCCCUCUGGUCCCGCCACCGGCCUCUGCCAGUCCCGAAAGCCCGGCAGCUUCUGCGGAGCCUCUGCCUCUCAAAGUGCUUGCCCAGGCCUCGAUGAAGCCCGGAGUGGAACCGAAUGUGUCCUCGGGUCCGGAGGGCGCCGCCGCGGAGAAGGUCAUUUCAGUGGAGCUGCCGCUCCCCCCGGAUUCUGCUGCGUCCUUGACAAAUCCUAAGGCCCCGCAAGCAUCCGAGACGGCUGUCGGGGAGGGCCCGUCCGUGGAGCCACCGCCCAGAGGCCCCUCCCAGCCCUCGGUGAGGCCGAAAGUCCAGCCGCAGCCCCGCCCGCUGGCCGCGGUGGGCGCUUCGGCUGCCACCGCCCGGCCCGCCCUGGGUCCCGCCCUGGGUCCCGCCCUGGGUCCCGCCCUGGGUCCCGCCCUGGGUCCCGCCCUCGGCCCCGCCCUGGGUCCCGCCCUCGGCCCCGCCCUCGGCCCCGCCCUGGCGCCGGGCCCGGCGUCCCCCAGAAGAGUCUACCAGUCCUGGCUGAGCUCCUCAGGCGAGCGCGGGGGCUCUGUGAGUGCCCAGAGCGCUGCUCUGGAGUGGGGCAUUUCUCUGGAGCCGCUGCCCCCGCCACCCCCGCCGCCCCCGCCGCCUCCGCUGCCCCCGCUGCCUCCCAGAAAGCCUUCUCAGAACCCGAGGAGGCAGGGAGGGGAGCGAGCAGCCUCCCGGCGGUCGGCGAGCGCUCCUCCAGGAUGGGACGCUCCUCCAGCCCCGGGCGCCCCCGCCGCCGCCGCCGCCGCGCCGAAGCCUCCCAGAUGCGCUUUCCAGUCCCGGGGGAACACAAGAGCCAAGCAGCCCGUCUCCGAGGCUCUGGAGGGCGCCGAGGCCCUGAGGAUCAUGACUAUGGAGCAGCGGCACUCUCUCCGAAGGUCUUCUCAGGCCCUGAGCGCAGCAGUGGUCAAGCCCCCGGCCUCCGCGGCUCCAGAAAGGGCUGCCACCCAGGGGGGUGCUUCUGCAGAGCCGCUGCCUUCCAGGCAGCCUUCCCAGUCCCCUGGGAGAUGCAAAGGGCAGCAAGUGUCGUCCAGCUGUGAGAGCGCUCCUGCCGAGGUGGCCGUGUCUGGGAAGCCAGUGCCUUGCACGUAUCCUACCCAGGUCUCAUCCAGGUCCAAGGUUCAGGAGAUGUCCUCCCGUCUAGAGAAUACGGCUGCCGAAGGAGGCUCGGCUAAGAAACCGCCGGUGCCCAGGCAUCCUUCCCAGUCGUUUGUGAAGUUUAUGGCAGAACAAGUCUUUUCCGAGAGCCCUGCCUGUCCUGCAUCUGCGAAUCAACUUUCCAAAGCUCCGUUGAGGUCUAAAGUCCAGUACCCAGCUUUCUCGGGCCCAAAGGAUGCCGGGACCGAGGGAGGCAUCUCGUCGAAGCUGCUGCCGACAGCACGCCCUUUACAGCCCCCGGGGGGCCCUGAAGGCCCCAAAGCAGUUCUCCCACAUUCAGAGAGUGCCCCCGCGAAGCCCAAGCAGAGCAGUUACAAGGAGCCGCUGCCCCCGGGACACCUGUCCCCGGCACCGGCGAGCUUCGUGAAGCUCGCGUCCCGGGAAGUCUCCUCCCUGCUCUCUCAGGGCUCUCCUGAAAUACAGAAGCGCUCUGAAGAAUGGCUGCCUUCCAGAGGCCUUCCCCAGGCCACGGAGGGGGCCGAAUUGCAGCCCCAGCUUUUCUCCCCAGGCCCCGCCAGUGCCCCUGCAGGUUGGAGCAGGUCUGAGGAGUGCUGGCCUCCGCAGCCUGGACACACACCCCAGGCACCGGCCGAGCCCGAAUGUCCGCCCCAGGUCCGGCCGGGUUCGGUGAGGGCUGCCGCCGAGGGCCCCCUCUCUGAGAGCCGCCCCGCCAGCCGGGCCCCACCAAGAGGCCUGGCUUCUCUAAGCAAGACCAAGAAACAUCGCCAAGGCCCUGAAGACCUCAUUAAGAAUAGCCUGCCUCCCGCUACCAAACCCAUGAAGCUCAGCAUGGCUCCUACCAGGCAGGCAUCCACUGCCGGCGGCACUUACCCCAAGGGGGAAGGUCUCGAGAGCGGCCAUCAAAGUAACAUCCAUGCAGACGAAUCCACCAGUGGGUCUGGUGUUGAAACCCUUUUUGGAGUUCGCCUGAGAAAAGUCCCUUCCUUGAAGCACAAGAGUGAGACACAAGAUGACCUUACUGAGCUUUCUUCGCUCUCCUUGGGCCCGGUUUCAUCUUCCACAUGUAAAGAACAUCGAAUCAGAAGAAGCGUUUCCCAGGGGCUCCUGGGCAGCGCAGAGAACCCCGCCACAGCAUCUGACAUGGCGGAGAAGCAACAGAGCAGGCCCAAAUCCGAAAGCAUGGCCAAGAAGCAACCUGUUUACAAGGUCCCAGGAAAGGCUCUUGGUCGACAGUCAGAUUACGCCGCCUCAGAGCCAGCUUGGAUAACCAUGGUAAAGCAGAGGCAGACGAGCUCCCAGGCCCACGUUCCUAAGAAAGAGGCAAAAACCAAGAACAAAGCUGGAGCCAAGCCUGAGGCCAAAGAGCCUAGACCUGAGGGAGCAGGCCUUGCAAGUGAAAACCAACCCAGAAAGACUUUUACUUCCGAUGUCAAUAAACCAGAGAAGAUGGCACAGAAGAAGCUACCUAAGUCUACCAAAGCAGGAUUUGAAGAUCGGAAGACAGCUCAAGUGCCCACCAUGGCCAAAGAAAGCAGGCAGUCUUCCACUGUCCCAGCUGUGCUCCAUGAGCCGGCAGAACUGGAAGAGCCGGUCUGGUUCUCCCUGGCCAAGAAGAAAGCCAAAGCUUGGAGCCAUAUAGCCGAAAUCAUGCAGUAGAUAGCUCCUGGGUGGGGCAUCAGCAUUGCAAAUGAUCAUUGCCCAUGGCUGCGUUAACGCCAUGUAGCGAUUUAUUUACUGUAACCACUUUUUAUUAAGCAAACGCGCCUUAAAGGCGGAGUUAAAGCCACUAAUUAUUUGAAUGUAACAAAUGCCACAGUCACUACCAACAUCUGAAAACCCAGCAUCUCCUCUCUAAAGACAAUGUGGAAUGUUUGCACUGCUAUAUAACUGCCUACGAGGUGGUGGUCAUUUCCCUUGUUCAAGUAAAUUCAUUCGGGUGGGAAUGGCCAGGUGACUUGGCCCAGGGGUUGGCUUUCAGGUUUCAUGAGCCUGGUCAAAUGCUUCAGUUCUUUGGUUGCUGCUGCAAGCUUCACAAAGGCCCUGAGAAGACGUGAUGGAAGUGAAAAUUCUGGGUCUCCAAGAAAAGCUUCGCACAGCCAGUCCUCCAGUUAGCCCUUGCCCUUUGAGACACCGCCCUUGUAUCCCUGCCCCCCAUGCCUGCAACAUACAAAGCUCUCUCUCUGCGCAUGCCCCACAUCGCCAGUCUGACAGCAGCGAGCACCUCCCUAGGAGGCAGAACAUUUCUUGGGGAUCAUCGUGCUCCCCUAGAUGGCUAGUUCAUCAGUGUUUGAGCUCUUGUCCCAAUGGCGCUGGGACUCUCUAGUUGCUGAGAAAUGUACUGAAUGCCAUAUAUAUCCUGCUCUUUAAGCACUUAAGACCCUGGGCUCCUGGAGAGCGCUUUUCCCUGGCUCUCGCUUUAAGGCAGAAACCUCCCUGUAGGCCAGUUUCUAGUCUCUUCCCCUCAGCAGCCUCUGUUUCCCACAAUUUUAGCCCAAAGCAAGACCACAACCCCAAAGCCAUAGAACAAUUAACUUUUUGCAAACCGGAAGCCUUAGGCGAUCAAACCAGCAUAGCUUCUCCCUGCCCUCAUUCCUGGAGGCACACACCUCAAAAGUCACUAGACUGGAUAGCUCCCCGCACCCCCCCGUCCCCAAUGAGCCACUCCCCCAAGUCCUUUCCUUCUAUGCCAUCUCCCAAACACACCAAACACCAAGGGAGAGCUCCCCUUGGAUGUCUGGACAGUACCUAGCUCAUUUUCUUAGGAGACCCAGAAGUAUCUUCUCGCCGUCCCUCUCACUGUGUCUGCCUCUGUCACCACGGAGCUGCUUUGUUAACACAGGAAUGUAAGCCUCAACAUCUAACUGUGCCUUUAAAUUCUGAGUGGGGUGCUGCCUCGUGCAAAAAAAGAUUCAUAGAGGCGGUGAGGUGCCAGAGCUAAUUUAAGUCCUUGGUGCUUGGUCUUGAUGAUGAUGGUAUAACGUGACAUUCUACAAUCAUACGCUGGAUUUUGCAUUUUCUUUAUGAAACAUCUAUUUUUCCUGAUACUGUAUUCUUUACCAUUCUGAUAAUGCUAGGUUCUUGAUUGAUUGAGUUUGAUUUCCUUUGUACUUCCAUAGUGAACAGUUUAUUUAGGUAGCUGCCCUUGACCCAGGUGACCCUGGUAAUUAGUCCCUACCCCCUUUCUUUAGGGUGGACCACUAUUAGUUUUUUCUCACUCUGAGAGCUCUCCAUUAAUAAUUUCUUUUCCACAGUUAACAAAACUCUGUUUUUAAGUAAAGAGAUUAAGUUUUUUUAAUGCCUAGAUGCACAUUCUGACAAGUUUUCGGCUUCUUUUAGCAUUCUCGAUUUUUAUUAUAUGUAUGCAACGCAAAUAAAUUCAAUAAAGCUUG